AGGCUCGAGUAUAAAUGAGUGCGUCUCCGGUCUCGUGACAGAAGGAAGUCGGAGUUCAGAGGAGGAGGAAGGUUCUGGGUGAGUGGAAGUAGCAAAGUGACCAUCGACGCUGCACGGCUGUCAGGACAUCCAAGGUGAAGGAAUGGAUUUGCGAUCUGGACUGUUGAUUCUCUCGUGUCUGAUUGGACUCACCUGUGCGGUACCGGUGAAAUUUGCUGACUGCGGGUCUACGGUUGGUAAAGUCACCAUUGUGGACAUUACUCCUUGCACCACUCAGCCUUGCCCACUCCACAAAGGACAGUCGUACACCGUCAACGUGACGUUCAACAGUGAUGUCGUGAGUCAGUCCAGCAAAGCGGUCGUCCACGGCAUCAUCGCCGGCCUGCCGGUCCCCUUCCCCAUUCCCAUUGAAGACGGCUGCGAGUCUGGAAUCCAGUGCCCCAUCCAGAAGCAGGCCACUUACCAUUACAUCACCACUCUACCCGUGAAGACCGAGUAUCCCACGAUGCGGCUGGUGGUGAAGUGGGAGCUGCAAGACGACCACACCGAUGACUUUUUCUGCAUCAAGUUCCCCGUCAGUAUCGUGAGCUAGAGGUGCCUCCGCACCGCCUGCCAGGUGUUGGGCCUUUCUUUAAACAGAUUAACAAAUCGAAAUCAACGAUUUUAAGAUGCAGCAUUCCACUUCUGCUCAUCCAUGAUUCAUUAACUCAAUGAUGAUAAACAAGAAGUGGGACGAUGUCCUGGGUGUGUGGCUGCUGACUUGCAUUCCACUGCGGUGCCAAGACUGCGCCGCCGGUUGCAUUCUCCUUUGCUUUUGUAAUUCUCUCCCACCUUUGUACUUGAGUCAGUCUUGAAAUUAAAACUAAUAAAGUAACAA